CUAAAAAAAUGGGAUCUCAGCACACAAAACUAGGUAAAGAACCAGAAGUUGUACUUGACCAGGAAGGAGAGUGGGUGAGGAAUGGAGAGGAGCAGAGUAGGUAUGAAAGAGAAGUGGAGGUGCAGAGGAGGGUGGUAGAGCAGUGGAGGCAGUGGAGACUGACGUGUGGGAAGGGAGCAGAGAGAAUAGUAUCCUUGGUGAGUCAAGAGUGUGGCUUAAAUAGGUUUGUUCAGCUCAAACCGGACUAUAUUGCAGCAGAAUCUAUCCCUGCCUUAAUAAAAGUGAAAAUAAACUUUUACUCUGAACAUAAGACUAAGGAUCUAAAAAGAGUUUUGGAAUGAAUCUGCUUCAAGAAUUAUGGCUACCUUGAAUUCUAUUUAGGAGACAAAAAGGCAAGAGCUCAAACUUCUAAUUUAUCAAGCUCAGUAUUGAACAAAUUUAUAAAGUUUGUUUCACCAGUGACUCAGAUGGUUUGUAUAACAUCCCGUUCUUUGAUUUCUCUUAAUUCAGACAAGAAACAUUUUGAAAGAUUAUUAUUUGGAUUAAGAACAUGCAAAAUUAUCAGAUUUACAAGAUUUCAGUUUAAGCAAGAAGAUUUUGCCCAUCUCUCUUUAAUCAGAGACCCCCAAAUAGAGCAUCUUUCUUUCUGUGAAUGCAAACUAACCACCACCAAAUUCCAACCCAAAUCAUGGAAAAACAUCCUCACCAAAAUCUGCCAUUCUCCCCUCCAAAAAUCCCUAAUAUGGAUCGGCCUAUACCAAAUCCCCAAAUUCCCCCUCAGAUCCUCCACAAUAAACUCCAUCGGAAUUUCCCAAGAUUAA